CUAUAAAUAGGAGGGAUGAAGCCAGCAGAGAUCAGAUUCUCUCUACAGAGACCUCUACAGCACAGAGAUCCAGACAUGGCACCUACAAUCACUGCAGCAAUGACCAAUUCUCAGGAGCAUCUGACUCUGACCCACAAGCUCAGAAAGCCUCUGGUGGAGAAGUUACGCAGAGAGCGAAUCAACAGCAGCAUUGAGCAGCUCAAGUCUCUCCUGAGUCCAGAGUUCCUCAAACAGCAGCCAGACUCCAAGCUGGAGAAAGCAGACAUCCUGGAGAUGACAGUUUGUGUCCUGAGACGGCUGCAGCAGCAGAAUCAACAGCAGAGAAGACUGCUGAACCACAUCAACAAGCUGCAGUCUUCCUCUGAUAACAACCUGAGAGAGGCUGACUUCUCUCAUCUGAGCUCCACAGUCCAGACCAGCAUCACCAAAGAGAAGAGUCCAGUCAACAGCGCCGUCUGGAGGCCGUGGUAGACACCUACAGACUGGAGUUACAACCAGACAAACUGAGAUGACCAUAUUGGUCAAAGAUUACUGGACUCAAGUCUUUGAAAUGUUAUGGACUUGUUCUUCUGAUUGUACAGAAGGUUGUAGUUUGUGUUAGUUUUCUUUCUGUAAGAUGACAUUUCCUGAGGAAAUGACAUCACCAAUAUCUUUCAACUUAAGAAAGAGAAGAUCUGGUCAUGCAUGUUGCAUGAAGCAAAUCUGAUUGCAUCAGCAAUUAUUAUUAUUAUACUUCACUGUACUUCAUGUAUUGGUGCUAUAAGCUAUGGUAACAUCUGUUAUUUUUUGAUUGUUAUUGAUCAUUUUGAUCAGAAACUUGAACUGUCCUUUUUAUGGACAUAUUGUCACCAUGGACUUACCUCACUUUAAUCUCUCCGAUUACUCAAAACUGAUCUGUUGUUAGAUCCAAAUGUUUCUCUUUUUUUCUAAAAGGUUUGCUUAAUGUCACAAUUUCCCUGUGAUACUUUUAGGACUCCCUCCAUGUCAUGUGUUGACUGAUGGAGAUGUUUAUUACCUCUUGAUAGGUAUUGAUGAUUUUGAAUUGAUCCAAAUAUUAUUUGUCCUUUUUCUAGACAUUUAAUCAUAAUGGGCUUUCCCUCACUUUGUGAUUAUUGAAAAAUGAUCUGUUUUAAGAUCACAAUGUUUAUCCUUUUACUGUGAAAGGUUUCUUUAAUGUCACCCUGUCACAGUUUUCCAGUGACAAUGUUAUUGUUUAAGAUGUAAUUGAUUUCAGAGGUUACUAAGAACAAUGUGACCUGUUGUAAGGUCAGUUUUUUCUAAGUUUGUCUUUUAUUCACAAAGUCAAAAUGUGUUGAACAAUUUGAGAAAAAAAGAAAAAACUGAGAACUGUGUCCUCAAAUAUUGUAGAUCGUUGUCUUUUAUAAAGACAGGUGUUCCUUUACUCUCUCAGAGUACAGUGUGUCUUGUAGAAAUCUACAAGUUGUUGUUGUGAUGUAUCAUCACCUCUAGUUGGAGCUUUCAUACUUUGUGGCUCAUUGUUCCUUGUUGAAU